GCAUAGGGGGGCGGCGGAAGUGCGUCAUUCGCGGCGGCCGCGGGGCGGGGCGGUGGCGGUCGCGCCAUGGCGCUGUCGCCUUACGUACAGGCCAUGCAGGAGCUGUUCCGCGCCAACACGCGGAGCCGCGAGUUCCCGGCGCACGGUGCCAAGGUGCAUUCGGUGGCCUGGAGCUGCUGCGGCCGCCGCCUCGCUUCCGGCUCCUUCGACAAGACCGCCAGCGUCUUCCUGCUCGAGAAGGACCGGCUGGUGAAGGAGAACAACUACCGGGGCCAUGGGGACAGCGUGGACCAGCUCUGCUGGCACCCCAGCAACCCUGACCUCUUUGUCACAGCAUCUGGGGACAAAACCAUCCGCAUUUGGGACGUCCGCACCACCAAGUGCAUCGCCACUGUCAAUACCAAAGGGGAGAACAUCAACAUCUGUUGGAGCCCUGAUGGACAGACCAUUGCAGUAGGGAACAAGGAUGACGUGGUCACCUUCAUUGAUGCCAAGACACAUCGCUCUAAAGCUGAGGAACAGUUCAAGUUUGAGGUCAAUGAGAUCUCUUGGAACAACGAUAACAACAUGUUCUUCCUCACUAAUGGGAACGGUUGCAUCAACAUUCUCAGCUACCCAGAACUGAAACCCAUUCAGUCCAUCAAUGCCCAUCCUUCAAACUGCAUCUGUAUCAAGUUUGAUCCCAUGGGGAAGUACUUUGCCACAGGCAGUGCUGAUGCGUUGGUCAGCCUCUGGGACGUGGAUGAACUGGUGUGUGUGAGGUGCUUUUCACGGCUUGACUGGCCCGUGCGAACGCUGAGCUUUAGCCAUGAUGGGAAGAUGCUGGCAUCGGCAUCAGAAGAUCACUUCAUCGACAUUGCAGAGGUGGAGACAGGAGAGAAGCUCUGGGAGGUGCAGUGCGAGUCCCCCACCUUCACAGUGGCUUGGCACCCGAAGAGGCCGCUGUUGGCCUUCGCCUGUGACGACAAAGAUGGCAAAUACGACAGCAGCAGGGAGGCAGGAACUGUCAAGCUCUUUGGCCUCCCCAAUGAUUCCUAAUGAAUCUGCACGGGGGGAGGCAGCGCUUGCCUGCUCUCUUGAUGGGAGGGUGCUUAGUUAGUGUAGGUCAGGGUAAGGAAAUGGCCCCCCUCUUCUGCCUGUUUGGCAGUGCUGCGACCUCAGGCUCAGCUCUGCGCAUUCUGUUCUCAGGAGCAUCGGUGAAAAAGCAGCUUAUGUGCUGGGGAGGAUGGGGGGUACGGGCAGGGCCCUCCUUGCCCUCCGAGGGCUGCUGCCUCCUCUCUGGGGCAUGAGGGGAGGCGCGUUGCUUUGAAGGCAGGUGGCCAAAGAAACUGUGUCACUGAAGGUGACUGCUGAGGAGCCUCCCGUGAGAGGGGACCUGCACAGGCCAGGCUCCCCAGCAGCGCUCAGCUACGUGAUGUCCCCUUGGCCCCAAAGGCUGGGUGGCAAGGGUAGUCUGGGGAGCACAGCCUGUCCUAUCACCUCCCAGAUGUCCCAUGUUGCUUGCCUGCAUUGGGGCAGCAAGGGGAGGAUGGGGGGAUGUGAACUGGGGGAUGUUUCCCCAUCUGGGGCUUUUUUGUUUGUUUCUUUUGUGUUUGUUUUUUUUUUUUUAAUGUAUG